AUGCCCCAGUGGCACGGGGGACCGCAUGGAAGCCAUCAAAGAACCGCAGCAGGUCUCGGGAAGAGCUCGAUUACGAGCUGUAUUCUAGCAAUCGUCACGACCUACUACCUGUCGACACGCUGGACGCCAACGCGUGUAACAGCGCCAAACACGUUCCAAGUGCUCCCCGCGGCAGACCUUGAAUAUGGUGUUUCCCAAUGUGCGCUCAACCAGCAGCAUCCGGUCGUGAAUUAUGAACUUGCCACCGAGAGGCUAUCGCUUCCCAGGAAUGGGAUACGCACUGUCUUCUAUAAUGCAACUCUCAUCAACGGAGAUGGCGAGGUUACGUUGGGAUGCAGCAUUGAAAUGCAGGGCUCGAUUUUCACCAAAGUAUCGACAACGUUCCCCAGCCUCGAAGAUCUGUCUUCCUCCUCCGACGCGGCUUUUGUCGAUCUUCAGGGACGCAUCGUAACGCCCGGGCUGGUAGAUGUGCAUUCGCAUGCUGGUGUCCGAGAGACGCCCCAGCUCUGGGCGACCGAGGACGUGACCGAGAUAUCGGCGCCACUUACACCUUGGGGACGCGCUGUUGAUGCGCUCAAGCCCCAUGACCAGGCCAUUCCGAUCAUUGGCAGCGGCGGUGUGACGACUUCGCUGGUUCUCACCGGCGCCAAGAACCUGAUUUCAGGGGAAGGUGUUGUCGUCAAGAUGAGGCAGGCAGACUCGGUGCGCGACAUGCUCGUCAAUGUCACCGAGGGCAGCCCCAAACCGAUGAGAUAUCUCAAGAUGGCCAUGGGAGAGAACCAGAAGAGACAAUUUGAGAACGUACCCGGUGGUCCCUCAACAAGGCUCGGGGAGUCGUAUUGGUUCAGGAAGGCAUAUGAUAAUGCUCGGCGGCUGAAGCAGGAGCAGGACAUGUGGUGCGAAGCAGCCUCCACUACAGCUGGUCGGGAAUCGCUGUCAACUGAAUAUCCUCGCUCUCUGGAGUGGCAAACGCUGGUUGAUGUCCUACGCGGCAACGUUCGUGUGAACAUUCACGGGUAUGAAACCGAGGACAUACUUGCCAUGUUUGAUCACGCUGAUGAGUUCGGCUUCAAAAUCACCGCCUUACAUCAUGCUCUGCAUUCCGACCUCGUCGCGGAGGAGAUCAAGAGAAGGGGAAUCAGCAUCGUUGGGUUCUCGGACUCUUGGGGUGACAAGAAGGAGCUCUACGAUGUGAGCUCGUAUUUGCCCAAGCACGUGGUCGACCACGGUGUUCCUUUUGCCCUGACUCGAGACCAUCCUGCUGAGCAUGGCCAAUGGCUGAUAUACGAAGCACAAAUCGCGCACCAUUUUGGCCUUGACACCGAGCAUGCCAUAUCGUCUGUCAUUGGUGAACCAGCUCGUAUCAUGGGCCUUUCUAAUAGACUUGGAUUUGUGAAACCUGGAUAUGAUGCCGACCUGGUUAUCUGGGACAGGCAUCCAUUGCGCGUCGGCGCCACCCCGCUAGGAGUUUACAUUGAAGGGAACAGCGUCGUUCGUGCUUCGGAGGAGCUGUGGCGCAAGUCCGAGGGUCUGGCAUAUGCGAGAGAUGCUCCUCCAGUACGCCCAAGUACGGGAAUCAACAGCAGCUGCGACGUUGGCCAGUCAGACUUUGUUCUUCACGGGAUUACGCAAAGCUACAUCGGCGAUAAUGGACUCCGGGGUGACGGUAUAUAUGGGCGGAAUCUAACUGCCGUUGUCCGCUCCGGUAAAGUGGUGUGCGUCGGCGGAUCGAGCUGUCAGGAUGACGUGAAGGAUGCUGAACAAGAAGGUGUCGCUUUCAUAAACGUCAGCGAUGGAUAUUUAGUCCCGGGUCUCACUAUCGUUACACGGCAACACGGCCUUGUCGAGAUGCGUCAAGAGCCAUCAACAACUGAUGGAGCGUCUUCCGGCGAAGAAUACUCGAGGCCUCUCGAAAGCAGAUUUGGCAUCAAGUUUGAUGGUGUGCACGUUCGGCGAGCUUACACCGGUGGCAUCACGCGCAUAGUGACGCCGCCCAUUACAACGGGCUUCUUCCACGGAAUUAGCACAAGAUUCCGCGCCGGUGCAGAGAGCGUUCUCGACGACGGCGCCAUCUCCGCAUCAGGGCCUGCGCUGCACUUUACUAUCGGGCAUGAUGGCAAGAGUAGCAAACUGCAUGAUCUUCUCACAAUCGAGAAGCAUAUCCACCCAGCCUACCAACGUGCAGUCGAUGGCGACAUGCCAGUCGUCAUCCACACCAACAACAAGGACGUCAUUGCUCAUAUGAUUGCUCUGAAACGCGAGACCGGUGCUCAUAUUGUCAUUAUGGGCGGUGGUGAAGCUCAUCUUCUGGCAUCGCAGCUUGCUGACGCUGAAAUCCCCGUCAUUGUCUCACCAUUCUGGGGCUGCGAACCUUUGUUCUGGGACGGCCGCAACUGUCUGCCUGGCCCGCCUCUGACGGAUGCCUUUGGGCCGCAGGUCUUACUAGAUGCAGGUGUCACAGUGGGAAUCUCCAACUGGGACGACACCAACAACCACAUCAGAACCAGCAUUUGGGAAGCUGGCUGGAUCGCUGGUCCUGGCAAUCACAGCUUGGCACUCGACUUGGUGUCUAAGAACAUUGAGACGAUCCUGAAGCUUGAGCCAGUCGACGACUUUGUUGUAUACGAAGGCAACCCGUUCGAUUUCGGAGCUCGUGUUGCCAUGAGUUUUGAGGAGGGCAAGGUGCGGGCUUGCAUGCCCGACGUUGACUGA